AUGAGGUCUUGCCUGCCAGACACCAGCACCUCACCCCCUCAGUGCCCCCCCCCCGACCUGCCAGACGCCAGCAUCUCACCCCCUCAGUGCCCCUCGACCUGCCAGACACCAGCAUCUCACACCCUCAGUGCCCCCCGAUCUGCCAGACACCAGCAUCUCACACCCUCAGUGCCCCCGACCUGCCAGACGCCAGCAUCUCACACCUCAGUGCCCCCUGAUCUGCCAGACACCAGCACCUCACCCCUCAGUGCCCCCACACCUGCCAGACGCCAGCAUCUCACACCCUGUUCCCCCGACCUGCCAGACACCAGCAUCUCACACCCUGUGUGCCCCCCCGACCUGCCAGACACCAGCAUAUCACACCCUCAGUGCCCCCACCGACCUGCCAGACACCAGCAUCUCACCCCCUCAGUGCCCCCCGACCUGCCAGACACCAGCAUCUCAUCCCUUCAGUGCCCCCCGAUCUGCCAGACACCAGCAUCUCACACCCUCAGUGCCCCCCUCGACCUGCCAGACACCAGCAUCUCACACCCUCAGUGCCCCCGACCUGCCAGACACCAGCAUCUCCACCCCUCAGUGCCUCAUACCCUCAGACCUGCCAGACACCAGCAUCUCACACCCUCAGUGCACCCAUCGACCCCUCAGUGCCCCUCGAGCCAGACACCAGCAUCUCACCCCUCAGUGCCCCCUCGACCUACCAGACGCCAGCAUCUCACCCCCUCAGUGCCCCCGAUCUGCCAGACACCAGCAUCUCACACCCUCAGUGCCCCCCACCCCCCGACCUGCCAGACACCAGCAUCUCAUCUCACCCCCUCAGUCCCCUCCCUCCCCUCCGACCUGCCAGACACCAGCAUCUCACCCCCUUAG